AUGGAAAUGAAACUUGGGCCAUUAGGAUUCUAUAGCUACGGAAAGACGAAGUGGGAAGAAACUUGCCGUGACCCAAUAAGUCACAUUUUCGUCACUUAUGACAGCUACGUAGUAAAUUCCAUUCAAUUUGGAUAUGUUGAAAAUGGUGCUCUGGUCUUGUCCAAGAAGCACGGCUCUGAAGGACCGGAGGAUAGUACUCGCAUAGUGUGGCUGAACCACGAGUCUGAGUAUAUCACUGGGACUAGCGGAGAUAAAUAUCUUUCCUUUCUUACAUUUCAUACAAACGAGAGAAAGCAUGUGGCAUUCAAGAAAGAAUUCAAUCCACCGAAAUUGAGACCAGAUCAGACGAUAGAGAUUCAUUCUGGAAUACGUGACCGCUGCGAAUUUGGCGGUUUCUUUGGAUCUUUCGAUAGUGAUGGACUUAGUUCCAUUGGCCUCUGCAUAAGGCCUGUCCCCUCGGGUGUACCCACUAUAAAACAGGAAAACGUAUGA